UUAGACAAUUAGUUAAAAAUUGCCUUUAUUAAAAAAUAUUUUACAAUUCAAUAACAAAACCAAUAUUAUACAGUAGUUUUCUCUUAAAUAUACGUUAAUUUUAUAAUUAGAUUUAACAAACUUUGAUGUAAAAUCCUCUUGAAAUUUACAUUAUUUCCACUGUAUUAAAGUAUUGAAGCAAUUGUUACCAAUAUCGAUAUAAAAUGAAGUGCUGUGUGGGAUGUUUCUGGUUUUAACCGUAAAAUUUGCAAGUAUUUUAUCAUGCAUGUAGGGAAGAGUAAAUCUCAUUAGAACUCUUAAAUUUUUUGAGAAAUUACUGAAAGAAACUCUCUUCAAACCUUGAGAAAUUUUGUUGUUUUUUCAUUUCUCAAAAAAUAAAAGUGUUUCAAUAAUAUUUACUCUUUCAUAAUAUACAUUAAGAUCAAUUUUAUAUUAACGAAAGUUAGUUCCAGAAGUGCUAAUUUUCAAUUCUGCCGAAAAAUCGCAAAAUAUGAUAAAUAAUUUCUAACAAGCACAAGUUAAGUGCGUAGUUUGUGCUUUAUUGUGUACACAUUUUUACAUUCUCGUUGUAUGAAAAAAUAUUUUCUUUUUAUCCAUGAAGGAAAACAAUAUGAAAAAUACGAAUUUUCAUUACACUUUUUGAAUGUUCAAGUUUCUGAUUUUCAUAAAAGAAACGAGAUUUGGAAAAAUCUAUAAUUACAUUGAAAUGAAUAAUUAUUGGACACUUUUGGAAUCAACUUUAGUAGCCAAUUAAAUUAUAUUGAUAAAUAAUUCGAUGAAAUAUCUUAAGAAUUGUUGAUUUGCAAUAUUAAGGAAAAAAUUUUAUGAAUCGUGUUUAGGGUACAAGUCGAUGGCUCCUAAAUGGAAACACGUUAUUCAAGAGAGGAAUUAGAAAACACGUAAAUCUCGAAAAACAAAUGGACAAAAUGUUAUUUAUCUGAAGUAUUUUUUAGGGUGCGAGGCCUGCAGGAGAAACAAUAUCAGUUAGCAGCUCAUAAGCGACAUGAGGCAAAUCUGAAAUACAAUUAUUACAAGGAGACAGUUAGAUUUUUUACUCGUGAAAAUGUAAAUAGCAAGCAAUUCAAUUCUUGGUGCUCCAAAGAAAUGGCAUCUCUUCUUGACAAGCCAUUGAAAGCUCAACAAUUGCGUCAACGUCAAUCUCAGCUAAAAUCAUUAUUUCAAGAAGAACAAGAUCAGUAUGAUAAGGAAUUAUUGGAGUUAAAGUCACAUAAAAAUCCAUCACCAGAUUACUCUAUUGAAGCUCUGAAGCGAAAAUUAAAAGAAAAAAAAGCCGAGCAAAGCUUAUAUUUACCAAAAGAUUGUCGUCGAUUUCAAUCCAACUUUUAUAACACUGGAAAUCCUAAUCAAUCAUUAUUCAGCAAUGAAAAAUUCAAUUCCGAAUUCAUUUCUAAAGAUUCACAUCCGCAGAAGAAUGAUUCGCCUAAAAGUAAUCAAUCUCCAAUAAAUGAUAUCGAAUUUGAUCGAAAAACUGUUUCAAGUACAAUUGAUAAUUCUGUGAAUGUAAGGACUCAUCAAAUUACAUAUCAAUCACAACUUUUGGGAACUGGAGUUAAACAGGCGUUAUACGACCACUCAAAAGAGAAAAUCAAUAAUAACUCUUCUACAAGAUCUUCUUGCAGAAGUCUUGAGGAAACAAAUAUUCGAAAUUCAGAUGAAUUGACGCCUUUUAGAACUAUUCAAAGACCCCAAUUUAAUGAAUCGUUAAUUCACUCGCAAUGUGAGGCAUCAACUCCUUCAAAUGAAGUACCAAUAAAUCAGAUUAAUACUUCGAAAGAGUGUACCACAAAUUCUCAACAAAUUUCUGAUAGCAAUCAAACUACAGAUAUUUACGUAAAUAAUUUGAAAGCUAGCGAUGAAAUUUCAGAAUCAUGUUUCUCACAAGAUGAUUCUUCCAAUAGUAUAAAAAAUAAAAACAACCCUUUCGAGAAUCCAAUAAAUAUUGCAUUGGUGAGAGAAAAUCCCAAAUACAAAAGACUAACCACACAAAUGUUUCAUUAUUUGGCCAAUAAAGAUUUACAAGAACAAAUUUUGAAUUUAUCGAAGAGAGAAUUUCAAGCUUGCAGAAAGCAAUGGUGGUCUCAAGCUAUAAGACUCAGAGAGAUGAAGAAUAAAUUGGAGUUAAUUAAGGAGCAAAAUAUCUAUAACACUUUACUUUCUCAAAUGGACAGUAAAACUAAAAAGAUUGAAAGACAUAAAAUUGCUGAGAGAUCAACAAUUAUCUCUCAGAGAGAGAAAAUAUGUGAAAGUGCAAACGUUUAUGAUGAAGAAGCGAAAGUCCUUUGGAAACAGUGGAUCCUCGAAGAUGAGCUUACUGAAAAGUUAGACUCUCUUGAAGAAAGGAAUAUUUUACUUGCACAGUUAGAAAAGGAAUGGCAAAUUUUAAAUCAAAAGGAUAAAAAACGAAUUGAUGAUUUUUAUCAAAACGUUAUUUUCAAAUCGAAAAUACAAGAUGAAUAUAAUCUUGCUGAGGACUUAAGGUCUGUAGGAUCAAAAAUUUUAGAUACAGAAUGUUUUGUAAAAUAAAUAAAUUUAUGGAAAAUUA